UGCCGUGGCGGCUACGGGAACCUUGGCCGCCACCUUCUGCGCGCCCUUGCUGCCCCGCGCGACCCCAGGAUUGCGAACUCUAGCCCCUGUCCAGUUGGGCGGGGCUCUGUGCUCCUGCCCUCGGCCCGGAUGGGUCUCCUGGCUGGGACUCCGGGCACCUGGAGUUAAUGUCCAACUGGGGGUCUGCGGAGACCGGAUCCGAGGUGCCGCCGCCGGACGGGACUCUAAGAUGAAGUUAUGGGAUGUCGUGGCUGUCUGCCUGGUGCUGCUCCACCCCGCGUCCGCCUUCCCGCUGCCCGCCGGUAAGAGGNNNNAUUCUGCCCAGAAAGAGAGGCAUUCACAUGGAAACCAAAGGGGUAAACCUGCUUUGUCUAAAGACUCAAAUAUGCCAGAGGACUAUCCUGAUCAGUUUGAUGAUGUCAUGGAUUUUAUUCAAGCCACCAUUAAAAGACUGAAAAGGUCACCAGAUAAACAAAUGGCAGUGCUUCCUAGAAGAGAGCGGAAUCGGCAGGCCGCAGCUGCCCACCCAGAGAAUUCCAGAGGAAAAGGUCGGAGAGGCCAGCGGGGCAAGAACCGGGGUUGUGUCUUAACUGCCGUACAUUUAAAUGUCACUGACUUGGGUUUGGGCUACGAAACCAAGGAGGAACUGAUCUUUAGAUACUGCAGCGGUUCUUGCGAUGCAGCUGAGACAAUGUAUGACAAAAUAUUAAAAAACUUAUCUAGAAAUAGAAGGCUGGUGAGUGACAAAGUAGGGCGGGCAUGUUGCAGACCCAUUGCCUUCGAUGACGACCUGUCAUUUUUAGACGAUAACCUGGUUUACCAUAUUCUAAGAAAGCAUUCCGCUAAAAGGUGUGGAUGUAUCUGA